AUGGCGUCCUCUCUACGACCUUUCCGCCUCCUUCUCGCAAGGCAAUCCGCGCCUUCAGGUCUCGUCGCGAGGCGCUUCAUCUCGAUAACACCUCGGGCGAUGAACAUCGAUAACCCCCGAGAGCAAUACCGUGCCUUCCAAAGACAAGGCGAAAGUGACGACACCCUACGCAGAAGGCUAAUCUACCAAUCCCGCUACCGCGGAACCCUAGAAUCCGACCUCCUCCUCUCCACCUUCGCCGCCGACCACCUCCCCAAAAUGGACCGCGCCCAGCUCGAAGAAUACGACCAAUUCCUCCUCGAAGAGGACUGGGACAUCUACUACUGGGCCACCCAAGACCCCGAAGACCCCGCCUCCGUCGCUUCCGCUUCCUCUUCCUCUACCUCUGCGUCCGAACGUCCCGCCACGGAGGAUACCUAUAAGCGCGAUCCCGUCCCCGGUGAGUGGGCGCGGAUAGCCGGUAACUUCGAGGCCGGGUACAGGCCCGUUCCCGAACGGUGGAGGUCGAGCGAGCUUUUGAGCAAGUUGAGGCAGCAUGUCAAGGAUAAGUCCGCGGCGGAUGGGAAGAGCGGGAGUGGCGGCGGUAUGGCUGCUAGGCCGUUGCUUUUCGGUGAGGGAACUGAGAAGGACUAA